CGGGGUGGGCCUGGCCCGAGCGCACUUUGAGAAGCAGCCGCCCUCCAACCUGCGGAAAUCCAACUUCUUCCACUUCGUGCUGGCCAUGUACGACCGGCAGGGACAGCCCGUGGAGAUCGAGCGCACCUCCUUCGUCGACUUCGUGGAGAAGGAGCGGGAGCAGAACGGCGAGAAGACCAACAACGGGAUCCACUACCGCCUGCAGCUGCUCUACAGCAACGGGGUACGCACCGAGCAGGACCUCUACGUGCGCCUCGUCGACUCCAUGUCCAAGCAGGCCAUCAUCUACGAGGGGCAGGACAAGAACCCCGAGAUGUGCCGGGUGCUGCUCACCCACGAGAUCAUGUGCAGCCGCUGCUGCGACAAGAAGAGCUGCGGGAACCGCAACGAGACGCCCUCAGACCCCGUCAUCAUCGACAGCGCUGAACGAGCCCACCAUCGACUAUGGCUUCCAGCGGCUGCAGAAGGUCAUCCCGCGGCACCCCGGGGACCCCGAGCGCCUGCCCAAGGAGGUGCUGCUGAAGCGCGCGGCCGACCUGGUGGAGGCUCUCUAUGGGAUGCCACACAACAACCAGGACCUGAUCUUGAAGCGCGCGGCCGACAUCGCCGAGGCUCUGUACAGCGUUCCCCGCGGCCCCGCGCAGCUCUCCUCGCUCGGCGGCACGCACGGCCCCGGCGCCGUCGUGGGGGUGAACUCGUUCGGCAGCCAGCUGGCCGUCAGCAUCGGGGACGCGGCG